GUGAAACAGUGUCCUCUUGACCAAAUGAUGGAACAUGAUUUCCUCUCCCGCAGCCACCUUGGAACGCCAUGCAGAAUCUCGACCUGACAGCUUCGAAGUGGGCGAGUCCCGAUGUACGUCGCGAGCGAGAAACGCAGAUCCCGGCCUGGACGCGAAGAGCGGCCUCGCCCCGUGCCCUGGAUAAAGCCUCAUUGAGCUCAUUGCAACCGCCGCAACAACACCCACUACCACCACCAUCGCAACCACUCUUACCGACUUCCGCGCCGUCGUCGAAACCAGCCAGCUUUACGCAACGAAGAUAUCUCGCGCGACAGGCUGAACUGCAGCGUUUCCGCAGGCUGUUUCGGCGCCUGGCCUGGAAAGCCAACAGUCUGACGCACUGGUCCCAUCGCGCGCUCAGUCUGGCCCAAGAGCACCAGAGCCAGCGGCACCACGGCAGCUCCAAUAGCCACGCGCAACCGAACGGGGUUCUUGAUGCAGAAUGGGCCGCGGGGCCUCGGGCGACGCUGGGACCGUACGACUUGAUCAUCGACCCGGUCGACGCGGAACGGCAGUUCAAGAUCGACUUCUACGAGUUCUACGCCCUGCUGGAGCGGGGACUUGUCUGCCUCCUCGGCGUUUGGGGGAUUGUGAUCACCGCUUCCGCGGUGGCAGCAGCAGCUUCGACGAGGACGGAGGAUGAUGAUGGUGGUGGUGGUACGGCUUCCUUAAAGGCACGAGUGGGUGGUGGUAGUGGGAUAGCAGCCUCGCAACCCAUCAUCGGCGACUCGCUGUCCUUCCAGGGCGCGGCGCACCGCUUCCACGCCAACGUGCUCGCCGCCCUCGACCACCCGGCGACCCCGCUCCACGCGAUCCUCGGCACCGGCCCCGUCAGAGAGUACAUCGGGGUGGCCAAGGAGUUCCGCAACAAGUGGAAGGACGUCGAGUUGCGGCCCGAGGACUCCUUCCGCGGCCCCGACCGGGUCGAGGAGGAAUGGGACCCGGCCAAGAUGAGGCGGUACGAGAAGGUGCUCCGGGACCUGAAGCUGGAGGAGAUGCUGGGAAGUGUCCUCCGCGCGCUCGAGGAGGCUGGACGCAUGGCGGAGCGGGAGAUCGGGAGGCUGCAAGGCUCGUUGGAGGGAGCGAAUCGGGACAUCAUCAUUGGUGGUCCGCACGACAUGGUGGAUUUGGAUAUGCAGGACGCCCCCUUCGAAGUCAUGGACAGGCCGGGCGAUUUGGACUACGAGAUGGAGUUUUGACCGAACCGUUGUGUUGGGAGGCGUCUUCGGUCUCGGGUUGUGUAGAGGAUGGAGUAAUACGUGUUGCGCAGGCUCCUUUUUCUGCUAUGUACACCAGAAAGAUCAAGAGCCAGCAGGGUCAACCCUUCGUAUUCAUUCCCAAAAUUCCCACG